AGGCAGGUUCUUUACCACUAGCACCACGUGGGAAGACUGUAAGUUCCUCAAGACAUUUUAAAUAUCAUUUUGUUCAACUAAGACAUAGAAAGAAUGGAUAGGGGAAUAACUAAUCUAAAAUAAAGGUUCUUAACUAGGCAUAAGAUUUACGAGAUGUCCUAUAUUUUUUCUCCCACAGUGCAUCAGCCAUCAUAGAGGAAGUUAAGAUAUGGCAAAAAGAAAUAACAUAUCUACUACAGAUUUCAUCCUCUUGGGCCUCUUUCCUGAGUUCCAAUAUGCCAGCCUCCUGGUCUACCUCAUUCUUCUGGUCUACCUCAUUGCCCUCACAGGGAACUCCAUACUCAUCUUCCUGAUCUGGCUGGAUGUUCACCUCCACACUCCCAUGUACUUCUUACUCAGCCAGCUCUCUCUCAUUGACUUGUUCUACAUCUCCAGCUCAGUUCCUAAGAUGGUCAUCAACCACUCUUUAGGGAAGCACAGCAUCUCUUUCAUUGCCUGUGGAAUCCAAAUGUUUUUCUGCCUAAGUCUAGGUGGUGCUGAGUGUCUCCUUCUGACCUUCAUGUCAUAUGACCGAUUUGUGGCUAUUUGUAAUCCCCUGCAGUACACAGUCAUCAUGAAUUCUAAGGUCUGUUUGCUCAUAGCAGUAGCAUCAUGGACUGGGGGUGCUCUAAAUUCACUCAUUCAAACCAUCUACACCAUGCAUUUUCCUGUUUGUGGUCUAAAGGAAAUAAAUCACUUCUUCUGUGAGAUGCCAGCCAUCUUGAAGCUAUCCUGUGAGGAUACUUCAGAUUAUGAGAUGGUGGUAUUUGUGGUAAGUAUCAUAUUUAUCCUCAUCCCUUUCAACCUCAUAAUUGCCUCCUACAUUCGAAUCUUCCUCACUGUUCUCAAAAUGAAAUCUCCUGAGGGGAGGAACAAAGCUCUGGCCACGUGCUCUUCUCACCUGACUGUGGUGAGUCUCUACCUGGGGCCAGGCAUAGUGGUGUACAUGACACCUGGCUCCUCCCACACCCCAGCAUUGGAUCAAGGUCUUUCUGUGUUCUACACUAUACUUACUCCCAUGCUGAACCCCAUUAUAUAUAGCCUGAGGAACAAGGAGGUGAUGGGGGCCCUGAGAAAGGUCCUGAGGAAGAAGCUGGUAUCAAAGUAA